AUGUCCCUUGAAGCAAACACCAAUAGAUUAAAUUAUAGAAGGAAAAGCAUUGAAGUAUUAGGUUUAGGAGAUAACAUAACGCCGCGCACUCCAAAUUCAGCAGGAGAAGGAACAAAAAGUAAAUUUAAUUUUAAAAUUAAGCCGUCAUGGAGAAGUGGAUCCAAGUCACGCAAGGGUCCCGAAGAUCCAGAAGAGAAGAUAGCUCAAGUUAGCCGUGAUCUAGAACGCGGUGUUGCAAUUUUACACUAUGUCUGUGCUUUCAUCGGCGACACCAACUACGAGUAUAAUGGAUAUUACGGAUACUUUGGUUUAGCCGUGUGGUGUCUUUCGUUGACGCUGCAUUUUUCCUUCGAUUUUUACGACGCUUUUGCAGUUUAUCAAUCAGCCUGGGGUCCAGCAUUAGGUGUAUUUUUUGUAGCUUUUUGCACUCUUUCAUAUUGGACAGUAACGAGAACUGUACCUUGGGUUGCCGUGGCAUUAAGAACUUUACGUGAUGAUUCGAUAGGAGGCUAUACGUAUUUCAAAACUAUUGAAAUUACAUCGUUUGUGUGCAAGGCGCUUCCUAUUAUUAUUCCAUUUGUUGGACUUUUCAGUACUGGAGGACAAUACCUAUGCUAUGCUAUCGAUAAUGCUUUAACCGUUAAUAUUUCAUCAAUUCCAGCCUUAUCUUCAGUUAAUAUGACUGGUUUAAAUUGGGUAUCCGAUACGUUAAGUGCAGUGCGCUUUUUUUCACUCUUACAUGUCUUAUCUGGCUAUUGGGUAUUUAAUUUAUGUCAGCUUGUUUUACUAUUUCUUGUUGGAAUGUCUAUGAUUGAAUUUCAAGAACAAGUCAAGCCAAAGUUGAAAUCACAUACCGGCAGUUAUACUUUUCAGCAAGCGGUUGCUGAUAUAUCUAACAGAGCAAGAUUUAUAAGGGAUGCCUCUAAAAGUGGAACUCACGUUAUGACAAUGCUCAUGGUCAGCAGCAGCGUAUCAUUUGUACUCAAUAUGUAUAGCUUUUUCUACAUGAAAGUAUUCGCCAUUUAUAUGUGGUUUGCUGUCGUUCCUGGUACAAUAUCCUUGUCAAUGUUAUUACUGUCGGCAUGGGUUACAAGCGUUUAUCGGAAUUAUCGCGUUACUGUUGUUAAAGCUUGGGUGGAAAGGAAGGAGGAUAGCGAAGAAGAAUCAGAAGACGAUGAAUCGGAUGGCAAAUCAUAUUUCACUGCUAUGAGAGAGCGAAUUAAUAGUGUUUUCAAGCGCAAAAAAUUAAAAACUAAAAAAGAAAGAGAUUUCUUAGUUUUGGAUAAGAGAUUUAUUAUGCCCCCACAUUUUCCAAUUGUCACCAUGCCCGAGAUUGCCAGUAGUGAAAUCUAUCCGAAAGAAGAGAUCACGUAUUUAAAAAAGAUGGAAGAAGAAGAAACAGACGAUGAAAGAUCUACGAAGAGUAGAUUUUCAUUUGUUCGCCGCAGAAAAGGUAAAUUGUCACUUAAAAAUCGUAACGAAAAAUCGAAUUCUUCCGCUCCAAAAGCAGCUUUCAGAAAGCUUCCUUCAACAAUUGUUAUUGAGCCGCCAUCAAGCUAUGUAGACCCGGACAUACUAGAUAAAUCUGAUAAUGAAGAAGAGCACCCCAAAGAUAAUGAGGUAGGCAAGGGCAUCCUUCAAGUUAGCAGUGUCGAAUCUGAUCAUUCAGAAGACCAGGAAGCACCUCAGGAAUAUUCGGUUGAAAAUGAAUUUAAUUUAUCAAACGAGAAAUUUUUGCAUCCUGCUCCUGCCACGAAAGGUGAUGCAUUGAAUACUUUACUACCGCCUAUUGAUAGCCCUAUUAAACUAUCAGCGCCACUGAGAACCAGCCGACGCCAUUCCAGCUCUGGAAGAGUAGAAUCUGUUCCGCUUGGUGAAUCACCUUCACUAGGAGGCCAAAGUAAUUCCAGAGGUUCAUUGACUGGAUCACACGGUAUCCCUUCUACUCUUCCAAAUGAAUUGCCAAAAGUCGAUGAAGUUGAUUCUACGACCGAUGCUAUUAGCAAGAUUAAAGAACAAUUUGCUCAUGGUUUGCCCAAAGAUGCUGAUUUUUUAAGAGAAAAAUUGUUACAAUCAUCGUUUAAUGGAAAUAUAAAGACUAAUAAAGUAUCUAAGGAAUUGGUACGAUCACAAUCUUUUAAUUCGCUACCAACGGCUGGCAUCUUCUCUGACGAUAAAGAACCAGUAGACGUAAUGACUCGCUUUAUUGAUCAACGCCCGCAUAGCAGACCUCCAAGUCUUGAAUCCCUAAACGAUACUAAUGAUAUAUCUCGCCCAUCAUCGUCGAAUAAGAAAGGAUCGAAGAAAGUUUCAAUCAAAUCCUUAAUUUCAAUUAAAUCCGAUCCUGACGAAUACAGUAGCAACAUUACCACGGCACAAGUUAGGAUAAGCAAUGAUCAAUUUACUAAUGAAACUUCCAACAAGAGCAAAACAAAUCCUGAAGCUGGUAAUCCAAAAUCGACUGCACCUGUCCUACGAUCGUCUAGUGAAGAAGGAACAUCGUCAACUUUAUCGGUUUCGAAAACUAAUGUAUGGAAAAAGCUCAGUCUGAAGAGAAAUCGUGACGAAAUUAGUGAAAAAAGCGAAAAUGAAGAUACAGAACCAGAGCCAUCAACAGAGACUCAGCCAAGGACCAAAUAUACGACGGCAAAAUUGCUUACAACAAUGCGUGGCAUAUCAAAGGCGUUUGGCAAAGUACAACAUAAACGAAAAAUGCAACAUUUUAAUUUCAGAAAAUACAUUGUAUAUUUAGAUAACUUCCUUCCCACGGUGGGUUAUCAGAUUGGUGGUAAAGUUAUUCAACGCGAUACCAUAGUCUUAUAUUUGGUCUUUAUGCUAUCAUUUCUGGCAUUAUUUGCACAAGAAAAGCUAUUUGGCCAGACAGCACAACUAGGAACAUAG